GAAAGUUGCUCGAGAAGUUCAUUGAUGGAUCGUGAAGGAAUCAGAUGAAUCGAGUGUGAAUGACUCGCACCUUCACAAAGUUCAGUUCACUCAAACUUCAAUGGAUGUUCGCGGGAUGCGCGAGAGUUUCCAGUGAAGAAAGUGUUGCAGUGUUUGUUUGACUUCAGCGGAACCGUAUUUGUCAGAAUGGAAACCGGUGUGCCCGCUGAGAAGAAGGACUGUAAAACGUCCUCUCUGGAGGGAAACGGCUUCAGCGAGCUGCCCAAAAAACUAUCAUCUCUGGCCAGAGGCCCCCAUCACAUCUUCCCGACGUUCCAUUCUCCCAUCCCGGUCGACGUGCGGCACCACGAGGGAAGAUACCACUACGAGCCUCACGCUCUUCACGCGUUGCACGGACCUCCAGGGUUAGCAGGCAGCCCGAUGAUCUCUGACAUCUCUCUGAUCCGUCUGUCUCCGGGGGGCGCCGGCGAGUCCACAUUCCUUCAUCCCCACUCUUACGUCUCGCCGCAUGUGGAGCAUUACCUCCGAUCGGCUCACGGCAGUCCCACGCUGUCCAUGAUCUCUGCGGCCCGCGGACUGAGUCCAGCCGAUGUGACCCACGAGCAUCUGAAGGACAGAGGUUUGUUCGGUCUGCCCCCUCCACCUCCCGGUGCCACCCCGGCCGAGUAUUACCAUCUGAUGACCGGUCACAGAAACCCGUACGGAGAGCUGCUCAUGCAGGGGGCGGCGGCGGCUCACCUGCCCGAAUACUUCACACCUGUGGACGUUUCACGCUUCCCCAGUCCUCGUCUGACGCCCCGGCUGAGUCGCAAGCGUGCGUUGUCCAUUUCUCCGCUCUCAGACGCCAGCAUCGACCUUCAGACCAUGAUCCGCACAUCACCCAACUCUCUGGUGGCGUACAUCAAUAACUCUCGCUCCAGUUCAGCCGCCAGCAGCUCGUACGGUCACCUGUCUGUGGGGGGGAUCAGUCCUUCCUUUGCGUUUCCUCCCUCCAUUAAUCCUGUGGCGUAUCAGCAGCUGUUGUGUCAGCAGAGAGGACUCAGUGCGUUCGGUCACACACCACCACUGAUGCAGCCGUCACCCACAUUCACCAGCAGACACCACCCACUGACACUCUCCGCCCUGACCACGCCCACCGCCGCCCCUGACGGCAAGGACUUCAGUGGUGACUCGGCAGUCAGCAGCACAGUGAACCCACUGAACACAAAAAGGUCAAAGGUCAAGACAGAGUUUGACGUGCUGCGACCCUUGUCACCGUGCUCUCCGGACCGUCUGGAUGGUGCAGUGGACCUGAAGGAGGACCUGGACGACUGCAAACAAGAGAUGGAUGUUGUGUAUGAGACGAACUGCCACUGGGACGGGUGCAGUAAAGAGUACGACACACAGGAACAGCUGGUGCAUCACAUUAAUAACGAACACAUCCACGGCGAGAAGAAAGAGUUUGUGUGCCGCUGGGACGAGUGUUCGCGUGAACAGAAGCCCUUUAAAGCUCAGUACAUGCUGGUGGUUCAUAUGCGCAGACAUACAGGAGAGAAACCACACAAGUGCACUUUUGAGGGCUGCUCAAAGGCGUACUCACGUCUGGAAAAUCUCAAGACGCACCUGCGUUCACACACCGGAGAGAAACCGUAUGUGUGUGAGCACGAGGGCUGUAAUAAAGCUUUCUCUAACGCUUCAGACCGGGCCAAACACCAGAACCGCACACACUCCAAUGAGAAACCUUACGUGUGUAAGAUCCCCGGCUGCACCAAGCGCUACACGGACCCCAGCUCGCUGCGCAAACACGUGAAAACCGUCCACGGGCCCGACGCUCACGUCACCAAGAAGCAGCGCGGCGACCUGCCGCCUCGCCAGCACCCGCCCAAAGAAAACGGUGAGAAUGAGUCGGGAAAUAAGCAGAUGACACGCGUGACGGAGGAGAAACUGGAAGGCAACGGCACAGGCAGAGGAGUGGACGACUACCUGCAGGUCAAAUCUAUUAAGACUGAAAACUCUAUGAUGUAUCAGUCCAGCCCUGGUGGUCAAUCAUCAUGUAGCAGCGAGCCGUCACCGAUUGGCCGUGCCACCCACCAUGACGGUGGAGUAGAGCCGGCAGGACACAGCGGGGGCAGUCUGGGAGAUCUGAGCGGAUUGGACGACGCGCCCCUAGUGGAUUCCACCACCGUCUCCACGGGAAUGUUGGGCCUUCACCUGCGCAGAUGCCCCGCCCACAGACUCUCACACCUGAAGCAAGAGAAGCUGAAAUCAGUGAGGGAGUCCUGCUCUUGGGCAAACACGACACCUCCUGCCCCCUGCACCAAACUGCCCCCCAUUCACAUCGGUUCAUUAUUGGAAAAUGGUCUCUUUGAUCCAGCGCUCACCAUCUCCAGCCCAUGUCUGAGUGACCUUUGCCCCGGUGAGACUACGCUUCUUAGUCAGCUGGUGGAGCGUCGGGACAGUCUGGGCAGCACCAUCAGCUCCGCCUACACCCUCAGUCGCCGUUCUUCAGGAAUCUCCCCGUGCUACUCCAGCCGGCGGUCCAGUCAGGCCUCACAACCGGGAGGUCGCCUGAAUAACAUCAGCUCGGCGGACUCAUACGACCCCAUCUCCACCGACAUGUCCCGACGCUCCAGUGAAGGCAGCCAAUGUGGAGAACUCCCAAGUAUGCUCAGUCUCACGCCCGCCCAACAUUACAGACUCAAAGCAAAGUACGCUGCUGCCACAGGAGGAGCUCCACCCACCCCUCUACCCAACAUGGACCUCGUUAGUCCGAAGGCUCGGAUGGCCUUAUUAGGCGAUUCCUAUGACAUGACAUCAUUGCCUGUACAUCCCCCAACGGUUCCCAGAAGGUGUAGUGACACCAUUUACACUAACAGUAGGGUUUUACCCCAUCAGGUGCCAGGCAACAUCCCACGAAGGGCGAGUGACCCGGUGAGACGACUAGGUGAGCAGCGUUCUCUUGGUCAGCGCUUCUACAGCAUGACUAAUGUGAACCCCAGCCGACACUUUGCUCUUCAGACCUGCAACCCACCUGAGGGGAACAUGAACCAUCACCCGUAUCCAUCCCGGCCUCCUAGCAUCUCUGAGAAUGUCGCUAUGGAAACCACGGCGAGCGACAGUCUUGAUGAUGGCAUAAUGUUGCCAGAUGAUGUCGUUCAGUACCUCACAUCUCAGAACAGAAGCUCCGGGCAGCAUACCGGGUCAGUGUACCGCCAUCAGGGCGUCCACGGCUUCGGUUCCCAACAUCGACGGCAUGCACUGGUGGAGAGCAACAUAAAUGAUGGACAUCGACCGACAGCAGCUUCCUGUCACAUGAGUCCUGCCGCUCAGAAGACGUUCACGGGUUCCCCCAAGAGUCAGAUGCCGGUCCAAUUGAACGAGGUCAGUUCUGGGACGGUGGAGUCAUCUCCCAAGCAAGGAACUGGGCGGGGAAACCUUCAUCAAAAACAAAACCUCAGCCCCUUUCACAACCUCAACUCCAACCAACAGAUCGGCUUCAUGAGUCAAAACCUCGCUCACGCUGCCCAGCAGAAUCUAGAGCAACACAAUAUUGAGUUUAACUCUCAGAUGCAAGCGCUGCACCAGACGAACACAGAGCAGAACUUUAUACAUGGAUACCAUCAGGGCUCCAAUGACAUCGCCAACAUGACGGGACUCGUGUCCGUGAAACCUCAAACCAGCCGGGUGCGAGUUCAACCCACGGCUGGUCAAACUCAAAACUAUUCCCAGAUGAACACGAGCCAGCAAGCUUACGCCAUUCAGAAUCCCACACUGAACGGAAACCACAGACUCGUGCACCCGCGGCCGCCCACAGAACCCAAACCACACAGCCGGCAACUCUCAGGGCCGACACAACAACUCAGUUACCCACAGUCCAACUUCAGCCCAGCAUACGACAGUUCAGAGGCCAGCCCAAAAAAAUCUGCCAACGUCAACAGCACCCACACCAGCGCCAUGAUGUACACGGGACAGAUUCACAUGUUCGACUCCAGCAGUCUGGUGAUGAUGGACGGUGUCGCCGUGGCUGCGGUGGGUUCUCCUGAAACCAAUCACGUCUCCAGCACGGUGGAUUCAAGUGAGCCGGAGCAUCCGCAGAUCGACUUUGAUGCCAUGCUGGAUGACGGCGACCACUCCAGCCUCAUGUCAGGAACUUUAAGCCCCACCCUCCUCCGCAGCCUAUCCCAGAAUUCCUCACGCCUCACCACACCCCAGAACUCCGUGACUUUACCGCCGGUGGCCGCGGGAAUCGGCAACAUGGCCAUCGGAGACAUGAGCUCCAUGCUCAGCACGCUGGCGGAGGAGAGCAAGUUUCUUAACAUGAUGUCAUAGGACGGACAGAAAGUACGAGCGUUACGUUUGUGAUGAGUGACGACAGGGAUGUAAUGCUUUUGUUAAAUGCUUUUUGAAGUGUAUCAUUCUGUAUGAUAUUAGUUUGGUAGUGUUUUUGUUGAAGAAGCCAUACUUUGCCUUAGACAAGUUCAAGUACGGCACAUAUAUAAACCCACAGAGAGUUUGAUAAGAGACGGUCCUGUAUUUUUAUACGACUUUUGAAAAUGUGUGCAGGAACAAGUGCCUCUCUGUGCACGAGCAGAUGCAGAAAUACAUUAUACGAACAGAGCGGGACUUUAUCUUUCUGUGGAUACAAAGAGCUUUUGUUUAUUGUGUAAAUGAAAUGUAAUAUUCUACUUCUUAUCCAUGUUUGUACUCGACAGAAUCGAUGUCUCAAAAUAAUACACAGAUAAAAUAUAAAUGUGAAACUUUAAGAAAAAAGUUUGUACUCUUGUUUUGAUUGACUGAAGAUGGAAAUGAUAAGAAAAUGUGAUGGUGCUGAAGACUCACAUCUCAACUGGUUAUACUGGACUGAUGUUUAGACCGUCUUAUUCUACACCGACUCCAUUUACAG